AAGGAAUUGUGAGGUUAUGGUACUGUCAAUUUCAAUUUAUUUUAUUUACAGUUUUUAGUUUUUCUAUAUUUAAAUUGAAGAAAACUGAAACAGAUAUUUUUUAACUUAAAGUCUACAAUGAAUUUAGAUUCCAUACCAAGAGACCUGAGAGGUCUGCGGGCUUGUUUAGUAUGCUCUCUUAUAAAAAAUUUUGACCAAUUCGAGAAGGAAGGAUGCGAAAAUUGUGAAGAAUUCUUGAGAAUGAAAAACAGCCACGAUAAUGUUUAUGAUUGUACUAGCAGUAAUUUUGAUGGAAUGAUCUCUGUGAUGUGUCCGGAUGACAGCUGGGUGGCUAAAUGGCAAAGAAUUAGUCGCUUAAGCAGAGGUGUCUAUGCUAUUUCUGUAUCUGGUACCUUACCGAAGAGUAUAAUAAAGGAUUUGAAAAGCAGAGGCAUUACUUAUAAGAGUAGAGAUACAAGUCAAAGAUAAGGGACAAAAUUACUUUAGAAU